AGAGAGCAAGUGAAGGCAUCAUGAGCCUGCCCCUCUCAGCAGCAGUCAGCUGCGCAUUUACUUGCUUUAUCAGUGGUGUCCCCACGGUAGUUGCUGAUCCAAACCUUGGACUUUCAUCUCGGAGAGUGACGUAGCACAUCAUCGGAGCUCCUUAUCAUCAGUUUCCUCUCCCGCUACAUUUUCUAGCCAAGCUGUUGCGGACCUUGUCCAGGGCGCAUCGGGUUAACAGGGUUUUUUCUUUAUUAGCCUUUAUCUUAAAAUGACGUUAAAAUCCAAUAAAAACGAGCCAGCUGUCAUACUGGAGCCUGUGAACAGCAUUCGGACAGCGCUCUCCGAUCUGUACCUGGAGCAGCUACUUCAACAACACAAACCUAAGUUUGACAAGGCAGCCAUGCAAACCUAUGACAAUAAGGGGGCUGAUGUCUACACCCAUGCUAGUGCUGGACAAAUGAAUGGCACAGAGUCAACCAGGAUGAAAGAAGUAGCUUUUGAAAAGAAUCCUUCAGAGCCAAUGGGGGUCACGCUGAAGCUGAAUGAUAAACAAAGGUGCACUGUAGCCCGAAUAUUGCAUGGGGGCAUGAUACACAAGCAAGGGUCCUUACAUGAAGGGGAUGAAAUAGCAGAAAUAAACGGGAGAAGUGUGGCAAACCAAACUGUAGACCAGCUACAAAAGAUUCUAAAAGAAACCAGUGGAGUAGUCACUAUGAAGAUCAUUCCCAGCCUGCAGAGUCGAUCUCAAAUCUGUGAGAUGUACGUGAGGGCACAGUUUGACUAUGACCCCACCAAGGAUGACCUCAUCCCAUGCAAAGAGGCAGGUCUGAGGUUUCAAACUGGUGACAUCAUUCAGAUCAUCAACAAGCAGGAUCCGAACUGGUGGCAAGGCAGAGUGGAGAGUAGUGCUGCUGACUUCGCUGGACUGAUCCCCUCCCCAGAGCUCCAAGAGUGGAGGGUGGCAAGUAAAAGCAAGUCCAAAGUGGACAGUCAGUCGUGCAGUCCAUUUGGAAAGAAAAAGAAGUGCAAAGACAAGUAUCUGGCUAAACACAGCUCUAUUUUUGACCAGCUGGAUGUGAUUUCUUAUGAGGAGGUUGUUCAGCUCCCUGCAUUUAAAAGGAAAACACUGGUGCUUGUUGGUGCACCUGGUGUAGGAAGGAGUCAUAUCAAAAAUGCGCUUUUGACAAAAUAUCCAGAAAAAUUUUCCUACCCUGUCACACACACCACCAGACCCCAACGUAAGGAUGAGGAGAAUGGACAGGAAUAUUAUUUCAUCUCCAGUGAAGCCAUGACCAAGUGCAUCUCUGGGAAUGAACUGCUGGAGUAUGGCAGCUUUCAGGGAUAUAUGUUUGGUACCAAAAUUGAAACCAUCCAGAAGAUCCACGAGCAGGGAAAAGUCACUGUGCUGGAUGUAGAACCACAGACCCUGAAAGUGUUGCGGACUGCUGAUUUUGCACCUCUGGUUGUGUUCAUCGCUCCGACCAAGAUAGCUCCUCAGACGGAAAACCUGCAGAUGAUCCAAAAAGAGUCAGACGCCAUUCAGACCACAUAUGGACACUUCUUUGAUGUGGUCCUUGUCAACAACGAUGUAGAUGAAAGCGUGAAAGGUGUGGAGGAGGCCAUGGAGCAUGCCACCUCCACCCCGCAGUGGGUGCCUGUGUCAUGGGUCUACUAACAGCUGUCUGGCAGCGGUUUAAUACCUUGUGUUGAAAAGCAGUGCAAUAUCACUCCUUACGCAAAACCUCUCAGUUAGUGACAUCACAGGUGGCAUAGGUUUACUUUUUGGUUAAAGUUGAUUGUCACUGAGAAUUUUUGCACAAAUGCAUCCAAAAAAUAAGCAAUAUAUAUUUUAGACAGUUGAGGACCUCACCGGGGCUUUUUUAUUUGGCUGUUUAGACUUCUGAGCUUUAAGCUUUUAAGGAGUAAGAGAUGUUUUGCUGCCCCACACCUUUGUGAUUGCUGGAACUUGAGCAAAUGCAAAAUAGGACCACAACUGUGAAUGAAAUCCUCCAUUUUAAAAGACAGGAUUUUAUCAUGUAAAACACUGACUCUGGAUUCAUUGUCUUUCUCUCUUCCCGUUAGGUUAUGCCAUAAAAUUGAGAUGAUGAAAUUAGUGUUCAAACAUUAUGUGUAUGUCUUUAGAGGGGUAGUGUCCACCACACAAAACCUUUCAGUCAGUAAUACUCGUCUUCAUCUUUGUCUCAUCUCAUCAAAACUGUAUACCUCAUGGGGUACUGUAAUUGCACUUUUAAACAGAAAAUAAAUUUCCCUGUUCUGUUG